UCUGAACCAUUAUUUCCACCUUUACUUUGGUCUGUCACUGACAAUAUUGAAUAUUCAUUUCCAAGAACUCAAAAUAAUGUGGAGGUUUGGCAUAGAAGAUGGGAAAUAUUAGUAGGUCGUGCUCAUGCAUCACGAUCGUUACAAAGAAAACAAGAUCAUGAACGUGAAGAUCGUAUACAAACAGUGUAUUAUGAUCACAAAAAUAGAGAACUUAUGGAUUACCUUAGAGAGAUUGCUCACAAUCUUUCUUUUUAG